AUGAAGUCGAUGGUCAGGAAGGUGGUUGAUGCUUUUAAUGGAACAAGAUUAAAAGCAUUAUUAGGGGACGAGCAUGAAGAUAGAAUGGAUGUUGAUAUUGUGAGUGGGCAUGCAAUGGAAGGAGAAAAAGCAGAUGAGGAGAUGAACCAAAUGCUUACUGAGGUGACCAAAACGAUGGGGAAGGAUUUACUUAGUGUAGAAAAGCAUAAUUCUGUAAUGAAUGGCGAUGGUACUACAAACGCAAAGCUGAGAAUGGAGAGCAUGUCCCCAAAAAUCCUGAAGCCACCUCGUAUGUGCAAUAGUAAGGGACAGGUUGAGGACCAGUGUGGUUUAAAUGAUAAGUAUGUGGGAAUGGAAGUUGUAGUGUAUAAUGGGAAUUCAGAUGAGCUGAAAUAUUCGAAAGGGAUUGAUGUUAAAGUUUAUGUAGUUGUUAAAAAAACAAAAGAAGUGAAACAGGAAGGUCAGCAGGGAAUUUGUAUGGGAAACAAAAGAAGGUUUAGAGUGCAUCUAGAAGAUGCUAGAACUAUUGCAAAAAACAUUAAUAUUCAUGCAAAUGUAAUUGAAUGUUGGAGUGUUCUACUCAACAAAUUAGAAGAGAGUUUCUUCCCCAUUGUUGAAGGGAAUUACUACCUGAUAUGUUUUAACCUGAGAAGUUUUUCGAUUCUGAUAAUUGAUCACAAGAGAGUUGUAGGAACAGUUGAUCUAUCAGAAGAAGGUGAGGACACUGAUGAAAAGGAAUGUGGUGAUGUUGAACAAGAAGUGUCAGGCAUACAACCGUCUGGAUGA